AUUAAUUUUUUCUUACAGGGUGGCACAGUGAUUGGGAGUGCUCGUUGUAAAGAUUUCCGAGAACGUGAAGGGAGACUGAAGGCUGCCCUCAAUCUCGUGCACCUCGGCAUUACGAACCUCGUUGUGAUUGGCGGUGACGGCAGUCUGACGGGAGCUAAUCUCUUCCGUGAAGAGUGGGCCAGUCUUCUUGACGAACUCGUUCAAAAGAAGGAGAUAGUUAGACAGGUGGCGGACACCUGUCAACAUCUCAACAUCGUUGGACUGGUCGGCUCCAUCGACAACGACUUCUGUGGGACGGACAUGACGAUUGGGACGGACACGGCUCUACACAGAAUAUUGGAGUCCGUGGAUGCCAUUUCGACUACUGCCUCCAGCCAUCAACGAGCAUUUGUUCUAGAAGUUAUGGGCCGACACUGUGGGUACUUGGCAUUGGUAGCUGCGUUGGCCAGUGAGGCUGACUGGGUGUUUAUCCCAGAGUGGCCGCCAGAAGAUGACUGGGAAGACACUCUCUGCAAUAAGUUACUGACGGAGCGACAGCAUGGUCAGCGCUUGAACAUUCUGAUUGUGGCGGAAGGAUCCAUCGAUAGACAGGGCAAGCCAAUCACGUCGGAAAUGGUUAAAACUCUGCUGACCGAGAGACUGAAGUUUGACACUCGAAUCACUGUCCUGGGUCACGUCCAGCGAGGAGGAAGUCCGUCAGCAUUCGACAGAAUCUUGGGAUCGAGAAUGGGUGCAGAGGCUGUUCUGGCUUUACUUGACGCGACCCCCGAGACCCCAGCUUGCGUCGUGUCACUCGAGGGUAACCAGACAGUGCGAGUCCCGCUCAUGCAGUGUGUGAAGAGAACGCAGGCCGUACAGAAACAUAUGAAUGAGUUGAACUGGGCGGAAGCUGUGAGGCUGCGUGGAAGGAGUUUCCAGAACAACCUGCACGUCUACCGUAAGCUGAGCAAACUGAGACCCCCAAAGGCUUUGUGUAGUGAGGACGGUACAGAGUGUAAGGGACACCGGAACUGCACCCUUCAUGUCUCUUCUCGUAACCUGGCUGUGAUGAACAUCGGCGCCCCGGCUUGUGGGAUGAACGCGGCAGUCCGGGCGUUUGUCAGACUCGGACUCACACAGGGAUACAGAGUGCUCGGUAUCCAUGACAGUUUUGACGGUCUCAUCAAGGGAAAGGUUGCCCCGAUGGGAUGGACGGAGACCCAGGGCUGGGCUGGAAAAGGCGGAUCAUUUCUUGGCACCAAAAAAAUGGAAGCUAAAGAGUGUGGACUGAAUCUGAUUGGAUCACGGUUGUUGUUUUACAACAUAGAAGGUUUAUUGCUCAUUGGUGGAUUCGAGGCGUUUAACAGCUGUCUGCAGAUGGCCGAAGCACGACACCAGUAUCCGGCGCUGUGUAUUCCCAUGGUGUGUAUUCCUUGCACCAUCAGCAACAACGUUCCAGGCACGGACUUCAGUCUCGGAGCUGACACCGCGCUCAAUGAGAUCUGUAAUAUAUGUGACAGAAUUAAACAAUCAGCAACUGGCACCAAGAGACGUGUGUUUAUCGUUGAGGUCAUGGGGGGCUACUGCGGUUACCUAGCAACCAUGGCUGGACUGGCUGGUGGAGCUGAUGCGGCCUACAUUUACGAAGAUACUCCUUCUAUCACGGACUUGAGAAAUGACGUGUUUCAUUUGAAAGACAAGAUUCAAAGUGCUGGAAUACAGCGUGGUCUUAUUCUCAGAAAUGAAUUGGCCAAUUCUAAUUACACGACCGAAUUUGUGCACAACUUGUUUUCCGAAGAAGGGAAGGGCGUGUUCACAUGUCGCUCCAACGUGCUGGGUCACAUGCAGCAAGGCGGCAUGCCCAGUCCCUUCGACCGCAACUACGGAACCAAGAUGGCCGCCAAGUGCGUCGACUGGCUCGUUGGCAAAGUGCAGGAAAAUGUCGAAGAGGGUGGUCGAGUGUACACCACAUCGCCAGACACCAUGUGCAUGCUGGGAAUGACGAAACGCUUCCUGGCCUUCACUCCUGUCCAAGAACUUGCCAAGCAAACAAACUUCGACAAGCGCCUUCCCAAAGAGGAGUGGUGGUUGAAGCUACGACCUCUACUCCGGAUAAUGGCCAAGCACCGCGUGACCAUGUACCAGACUGAGGCCGUGAACGUAGCGGCCAGUGAAUCGUCCAAUGACAUGGAGGAAGAUGACGACCGGUCAGGCAGUCCAGUGUAGACGAGCAGAGAGACGGAGAAACACGACGAUAAUCAAAGAAGGGAAAAUCAGAACACACGAGACGGGAGGAAAACCAUCAAACAUCUCCACUAACUUAACCCACCAUUUCAUUCGUUCGUUUUUAUCUAGAAAUCAUCCCUAAGUUAUGUGAUCUUUAAGAGUGAAUUUGAUACAUUGUGUUGUGGAUGACAUAAAAUCAUAAAUAGGAUAAAAUCAUAAAUAGGAUAAAAUCGUAUGUAUAGUGAAACCUGUGUAAACUGGAUCCUAAAUAUACCGGAAUGUUGUCAAAACCAAGAUUUGCGGUCCUGAAUUUUUUAACUUCUAAAUGCUGGAUCUUGUCUAAAUGGGAUAAAUAUAAAGUUGAAGCAGGUUUCACUAUAAUAGGUUUUUGUUUGAUAUUUUGGCGUGACUGGGUUUUCUCCAAAGAAUAGACACCUUGUAACUUACAAACGGAAGCUUGCAAUUAACAAGCACACAACAUUACAUGUCUCAAUUUAGAAGGAUUGUUGUUUAACUAUUUUCUGAUUAUCUUCAUGAAAAUAUUUGUGCUUGAUACAUACUGUACAUGUAUGUAUAUAUAUAUAUAUAUAUAUAUA